UUUUGUUUAAUAGUUUCAUCAUUCGCCACCGAAUUCGAUAUAGCGUACAUACGUGGAACGCCAUUAUUACGAACAAAGACUUCAUUUCUCAGUUUGCUCUGAUCUGAUGGUGAUCAUCAUUUAAUAUCUACUUAAUCGGUAAUCGAAAAUUAAAUUUCCAAAAUGACUACGGGAAUGCCGGAGCUUGGCUCUAAGAUAAGUUUAAUAUCGAAGGCCGAUAUUCGAUAUGAAGGUCGAUUAUUUACGGUCGAUCCCAUUGAGUGCACCAUUGCUCUUGCAAGUGUUCGAUCCUAUGGCACCGAAGAUCGCGAAACACAGUAUCCGAUCCAUCCGCAAAAUCAAGUGUACGAAUACAUUCUGUUUCGCGGCAGCGACAUUAAAGAUAUUCGAGUGAUAAAUAGUGUGCCCGUGCCCAAUGAUCCGGCAAUUAUGCAAAUGCAUUUGCCACCGGCCCAGCAACAAUUUCCGAACGGACAAUUUGCCGGCAAUAUGCCACAUAUGGGAACGCCAAUGGCUGGUCAACCGUUCAACAACAUUUAUUCAACGAUGUCGUCGAGUUUCAGUGGUCCAAAUUUGGCACCCGGUGCAGGUUCAAUGAAUAAGUCGAAGCAAUCAAGUGAGUUAAACAUCGCCAUCCCAGAACCCUCCUCAACAACUCAACUAUUAGAUCAAGGCUCUUUUCAUGAAAUGCUCAGUGGCGGAUCUAGAUCGACUACCCCAACUAGCCGUAAGAGUCCAGCUCAUGACUCCAAACCCAAUCAAUCCAGGAACGAGCAAGGUGGCAACAAUAGUCAACGGGACAAUAGCAGAAGGGGUAAUCGGAAUAAGAGUCAACAAAGGGAACGAAAGGAUUCGACUAAAAAUGAUCAGGUUGAGCAUAAGACUCCGCAGCGUAAUCAACAAUUCCAUGGCAACAAUCAAAGAAAUUGGAACAACAACCGUGGUAACAAUAAUCAAAUGAGAGGAAAUCGUCCAAGAGGUCGUGGAAUGAAUCAGCAAGCGUUUACGCAGAGUCUGCAGAACAACAAGGGCCGUGCGAAAACUAAGUUCCGAAACGAUUAUGACUUUGAAGAGGCCAACAAGAAGUUUGAGAAUAUGUGUUUGAAAGGUGACAAUGUUAAGGUGGGCGAAGAAGCUAUUGCAUUGCAGACGAAUGGUGAAGUAGAUAAAAAGGAUGAUUCAGGCAACGAGACCGGUGCUGGUGAACAUGAAGUAGAAGAGGAUCAUGAAGUAGGUGUUGGUUACGACAAAACGAAAUCAUUUUUCGACAAUAUUUCAUGCGAAGCAGCCACUGACCGAACGAAAGGCAAAGCGCAUAAAGAUUGGCAUCAGGAGAGAAAGAUAAAUAGUGAAACAUUUGGUCCAUCUGCGCGACGAGGAGGAUUCUUCAAUUAUAGAGGACGAGGAGGCUUUUAUAAUCGAAAUUCAAUGAAUCCUGGAGGCUAUAGGGGUAACAUGAACUACAAUCGAGGUGGUUCUUAUCGUCCGUUCAAUCGAAAUUUCAAUUCGAAUUCGACGGGAAUUCCUCAACAGAGCAACAAACCUGAACAAUCAGAGGCCCCUGCCGCGGAAGCAGCCGCAGGUAACUAAACUCACGUCAACCUUCCAACAAUAAAUAAAUUUUAAUCGCUGACACCCUUCUAAAACUUGUUCCGACGCUAUGAAAAACUGCUGUUUAAUAACACUCUAAAAACACGAGGUUUAAGAAGGAAUGUCCAGUUUACAUUAAAAACAAACAAAACAAAAAUAAUGAAUGAAAGAGAACGUUUAGUUAAGACACACAGAAGUGUGUUUACAAGUAUCAAAAACCCAACGUAUGAAAUAAGUAAUAACUAAGACAAUGAAAAUCAAAUUUUGUUGUGUGUUAAGAAUUCACUUUAUAAUGGAAAAAAACAACUGAAAAACAGAAAAUGGAGAAAAAUUUAAUUACAAAACAAAAGUGAGUGCGCGGGAGUGUGUAUGGUUUUUACGUGGUACGAAAAAAAUUUAUUAAAACUAAUAGUAAAACGCAUGGAUAAUGUACGGAAUCCUAAACACUACACCAUUAAAAUAUAACAAUUUAAAUUAUAAUAAAAAGUGGACUCGUAAUAAAUAAAUAAAAACAAAAUUUAAAUGAAAAAAUGGAAGAA